GGCCCCUGUAGCCAUGUCAUUAUGAUUAUAUCGUAGGAGGUGGAACUGUGGAAGUCUGCCGCCGUUGUCUGCAGUUCUACACUAUUGAUUAGCAUUUUGUUUUAUUUAGUGUGUCUGGUUCGUCGUUGGUUUUCCCGAUUCAGAAUUUUAUUUCAGUGUAGUAUUGUUUUUGAUAUUUGCUACUAUAUCCAUGCUUGCUAGUGUCUAAUAUUCAAUAAACUUUUAGCUUUCAUUUAUCAAAAAAAAUGUCCAUCUUCGCGUUUUUGGGCAAGUACGCUUUGUACUUGUUCAAUCUAUUGUGUCUUGUAAGUAUUUUGUUGUGUUGACACGGAUAGUCGUUUUUACAUUAAGCAUAGUUCCCUGAGUCGAGAUUUUUGUACGUAUUACAGAUAUCGAGUAUUAUUAUUUUGUCGAUCACAUUCAUUGUCUGGCAAAACUUCAAGAAAUGGGACAGUUUUGUUGACGGAAGUUUGAUCAGCGCACCAAAAAUACUGCUUUUCAUUGGCAUUGGAGUAUUUCUAAUUGCCUUUAUUGGUAUAUGCGGUGUACUCAGAGACAGCAGAUGUCUUUUAAUUCUGGUAUGAUAUUCUAGUUUUAAACUUACGUUCUUAGGUAUUUGCCUAGUAUUAUAAAUAAUUAUUAGUUGAAAAUACUCUGAAUUUUCGGUUAUUUUUAGUUUACUAUAUUACUCACAAUCGUUCUAAUCGGAGAAUUAGUUUUAUCCGCUGCUGUUUAUUAUAUGGGUGAUCAAGUGAAAGAUUAUGCACUAAAAGAAAUGAACGAUUCUCUUCCUUCUUAUAAUACAACUAAUGGCGAAACUUCCACAAAAAUUUGGAAUUUAGUUCAAUCUGAAGUAAGUAAAUUAAUUUUAAUAUUAAAAUAUUGUUAACUAAAUAGGUAAAUUUAUUAACUAGAUGGAAUGUUGUGGAGUUAAUGGACCAAAAGAUUGGGCUCCAGUUUUGCACAACAAACUGCCAACAACUUGCUGUAGAGAAAUCCCUGUAGAUGGACAUUGUACUAUAAUAGAUUCCUAUAAAUUGGGCUGCUUUAAAAGAUUUGAAACUCAACUUGAGGGUAAUGAAAAAACAAUAAUGUGGAGUUCUAUUGGAUUUGCUUUAGUUCAGGUAUGUAAAAUUAUUCCAACUCGUAUUAAUAUCAUGAAAUAUAAUUUACCUUAUUUUACAUUGUUAAGUCUAGAUAUAUUAAUGUGUAAAAUUUUGUUUAUUUUGUUUAGUUCUUAGCCGUACUUUUAGCGUGUUUUCGUAGUCGUUCUAUUCGUGAAGAAUAUGAAACAGUGUAAAGGACCAAAUUAUUACAGGAGUUUACAUUAUAAUAAUUAAUAAUUUACAAGUUUAUCACUUCCAUUUUAUCCAUUGUGUAAAAUUCAUAUUAUUAUUAAUUAUAUUAUUAGGUGUCAACCUAUAUAUUAUUUGUUAUUUUAUUAGUUUAUGAUGUAUUCGUACGGAUUAUUAUUAUUUAUUAGUUUUUAUACUAUUAUUUUUACAGUCACACUCUAUAUUUAUUUAAACUUUAAAUGUAAUAUUAUGAUUAAUAUGUGUGGUCUGUCUAAAUACAAGAAUCACUCGGAAAAAAAAAUUCUAAGAUAUCAACAGCAACUGUAACAUAUUACAAUACCUAAUUAAUGUUUUAAAUUUUCCAAUUAGUAAAACUGUAUACAAUAUUAAAAUAACGUCCGAUUUUUAACUUUUUCUUAUGUUGUACACCAGUACCUACUUAUAAUCCAUUUAAACUGAUAUUAUAUCCAGACAAAAGACUAUUUAAAACUAUAGUUUUGAAUAGACAAUUUUCAUUGUAUUGUUUUAAAAGUACCUAUUAUAAUCAAUAUAUUGAUAAAAAUACACAACCAAUAUUAUUUAUUUAAUAAUUAAUAGUUGACAUAUUGAUUAUUUAUGAGUUAAAAAAAAAAAAAAAGAUAUAUAAUAAUUAAUGUUUUCUUCAUAUGAAUAAGUAAAAAAAACUUAUGUUGACCUAAAACAAUUAAUUUCAUCGUGCACAUUAAAGUUCAGUAUUAUUAAUGACAAAUAAUUAAGUUGAUUUAGAUAGUAUUAGAAAAAAUUGUCCAGAAAUAUAAAAAUCUAUAUUAAUUAAUUUAAUAAUAAAUAAUUGGUUAAUGGACUUGAAUAUUGGCCUCUAUUUUAUAUAUUUGUCUAUUACAUAUCUGAGAAAUUAAUUUUAUUCAUUCUUUAUGUGACUGAAAAGGUACCCGAGUAACUUUUUAGUUUUUAAAUUUAUUAUAAAUGUUUACUGAUAGUUCAAACAAUAUAUAAUACUGUAGUGAACUCUAAGUCUACUACAGAUAUGAAACCCAUAAACUGAUAAUAAUGAAACAAUUUACAGAAAAACAGAUGAUAAUGUUGUAGGUACUCGGGUUCCUAAACCGUCAUUAAGAUGUGUUUUAUUUUUUUUCCAGUCGUAUGAAGGUUAUUUACAUUAAACACAUUGUCCGAAAUCUAGAUUAUUUUUAUACUAAAUUAUUAAAUAAUGUAAUUUAUUAUAAUACAUUAUACAAUUGCCACCUAUUAUUGGUCAAUCUAAUUUUAAUAAUACAAUUAAAUACAAACAAUGGUUUCAGGUAAUUGCUUUAACAUUACCUAGUCACGUAUUCAUUUAACCUUCAAACUUAUUUAUUCGGUUAUCAUUCAUUAUAUUAUGCCAGGUGCGGAUCUACGGGGGUGUGGUAUCGCCUCCUCUACCGUGCAAUUUUCAAAAUUAUAAGUUAUUAUUUUAUUACUAACGAAAAAUACUUAUGAAAAUAUGUUUUACAUAAAAUAGUAAAAUUUACCUUGUCUCAUAAUUUCUCUUUUUU